AUGGAAUCAGAAUCACAUUUCUUACAGCUCAGCUUAGAAUUUAUAUUUCCACACACCCAUUUUUUCUUUCUCUCUUUCUUUCCUUCUUUCUUUAGUACUUUCUUUUUUUCUUCAGUUCUUUCUUUCUUUUCUUUUUUCUUUUUUCAUCAAUUACUUCUUUCUUCACUUCUUUCUUUCUUUCUUAACCCUUUCUUUCUUUCAUUCUUUCUUUCUUUCAUUCUUUCUUUCUUCAGUUCUUUCUUUCAUUCUUUCUUUCUUUCUUUAGCCCUUUCUUUCUUUCAUUUUUUCUUACUUUCUUUCUUUCUUUCUUUAGCCCUUUCUUUUUUUCUUCAGUUCUUUCUUUCUUUUCAUUCUUACUUCACUUCUUUCUUUCUUUCUUUCUUUCUUUCUUUCUUUCUUUCUUUAGUCCUUUCUUUCUUUAGCCAGGCUUUAAGUGAUCUAUCUAUCUAUCUAUCUAUCUAUCUAUCUCAGUCUGGUCAUCUAUCUAUCUUUCUAAGGUCUCGGCGUUUUACUCUUGAACUAUCUAUCCCUGUGUGCGUAUCUAUCUAUCUAUCUAUCUAUCUAUCUAUCUAUCUAUCUAUAUAUAUCAACCGCCACUUCUACUCUACUUUUUACUUCCAAACCUAUAUAUAUAUAUAUAUCGGCCUAUUUAUAACACAAAUCUAUCUAUCUAUCUAUCUUUCUAUCUAUCUAUCUAUCUAUCUAUCUAUCUAUCUGUCUGUUCACAUCUAUCUAUCUAUCUAUCUAUCUAUCUAUCUAUCUAUCUAUCUAUCUAUCUCAAUGCGUUCUUAUCUAUCUAUUGAGGAAGAAAUGUCUGACGAAGAAGUGUCCAGGGAUAUCUCAAAUAAUGAUACUGCUGAACAAAAACGAAACCUACCCUUGCAGGCUGAAAUGUCUGACUAA